AUGAGGGCGCUGAUUGUUGUAUCGUCUCUCAUCGGGCUUGCGAUAGCCGGAAGCCUGGGAGGAGGUGGUGGCGGUGGUGGCUGGCAAGCCGGAGGUGGAGAUGGCGGUGCAGGCGGCGGAGGCUGGCAAGGCGGAGGCGGUGGAGGCGGCCAUGGUGGCGGUUCUUCAGGCGGAGGUACAAAACACGUCUACAUCAUUCGAACCGUGACCACGACCAGCGGUGGUGGUGGUGGAGGACACGGCGGAGGUCAUGGCGGAGGCGCUGGAUGGCAAGCGGGAGGAGGUGGAGGCUCUGGGUGGCAAGCCGGAGGUGGCGGAAGCACUGGAGGUGGCUGGCAAGCCGGUGGAGGCGGUGGGGGUGUAGGAGGAGGAACCAAACAUGUUUACAUAAUCAAGACACUGAGCACAUCCGGUGGCUCUGGAGGACAUGGCGGUGGUGGCGGACAUGCUGGAGGUGGCGGACAUGGUGGUGCCGCAGCUGGAGGUCACGGGGGCGGCGGCGGCGGUGGCGGUCACGGAGGUGGCGCCGGAGGCCAUGGAGGUGGCGCCGGAGGUCACGGAGGUGGCGCAGGAGGUCACGGAGGUGGGGGUGGCGGUGGUGCUGGCUGGCCAUCAGGAGGUGGCGGUGGUGCUGGCUGGCCAUCAGGAGGUGGUGCUGGGGGCUGGCCCUCUGGAGGUGGAGGUGGAUCCGGUGGAGCCGGCUGGCAACCCUCAGGUGGCAGUGGGGGUGGAGGCGGUGGCUGGUGGUGA